AUCAGUGCCCUCUGUUGGCUAAACAAAUGAUCGUCCCACUCCCUUCUGUCCAACGCCGCGGAGUGCGUGUGAACCCUCUACGUAAGGCGUAGAGAACUUGGGACAGCAGAAAAUACUCAGUCCUGGGUGAAAAAGUGUGGACAAUAGCUAAUCGAUCCACAGGAAAAAGGGAAAAUCGUCAAUUGGAUUCAUUUUCUUACGUUGCUACUGAACCCAGCGUACUCAGAACUUUGCGAUGAGGGACAACUAGAGGGACGGGAAUUGGUUCACUUCACUUUUCUGCGGGCUAUUUUUCUUAUUUUGUCAGAACUCUGAAGAACUGAACCCCUACAGAGGACGGAAAUCUUUCGGUGACAGUUUAAGGAAAAUAGAAAAAUAAGCAGACUAAACUGGAAGACUGAUCAUUUCGAUGUGUGCGUUGAGGGGAAAGUAGUGGCAAAGACAAGAAAAAAAGGAAAGUGAGAUUUAUGAAAGAUUACCGCUGUGCUUUCACUGCUUGGGUGUUAACAGAAGGCUAACGAACUAUGGCGAAAAAGUACGACUUCCUAUUUAAAUUAUUGUUAAUUGGAGAUAGUGGGGUCGGGAAAACCUGUUUGAUCAUCAGAUUCGCGGAGGAUAACUUCAAUUCCACAUACAUAUCAACAAUCGGAAUUGACUUCAAGGUGAAGACGAUUGAAGUUGAGGGGAAGAAAGUGAAACUGCAAGUUUGGGACACAGCGGGCCAGGAGAGGUUCAAGACCAUCACUACAGCUUACUACAGAGGGGCUAUGGGCAUCAUCCUGGUUUAUGACAUCACUGAUGAGAAGUCCUUUGAGAACAUUCAGAACUGGAUGAAGAGUAUCAAAGAGAAUGCCUCAACUGGGGUCAAUCGGAUGUUGCUGGGGAAUAAAUGUGACAUCGAAGCCAAAAGAAAGGUAUCCAAGGAGACGGGAGAGAAGCUUGCAACGGAUCAUGGGAUCCGGUUCUUUGAGACAAGUGCAAAGUCCAGCAUUAAUGUGGAGGAGUCCUUUGUUGCUCUGGCACGAGACAUCCUACUGAAGUCAAGCAAGAAACCGGGUCCAGCAGGUCGAGAGGUGAAGCUGGCUCCCACUCAGAAGACAUCUUCCAAAUGUCUGUUAUUCUGAGCUGGCCAACAUGGGGGUCAUUACCAGAUGGGUAUUAAUGGAUGAGGGCCAUAUAGGAACAGUAUUAUAAAAAGGAGUUGUCUUAUAAUGGAGAAAUGUAAAGUAGGGAAGUAUUAUGCAUGCAGGGCAGGUGAGGGAACAGGAUGGCGAAAGAGGUGAAAGAGGAUGAUGGCUUUCAUAAGGUGGUACAUAAUUAUGCGUAUACAACAUACCAUCGGAUUCCAGCUGGGUUGCUCAUGAUGACUACUAGGGUGUUUACACAGAAUCACAAUUUGGCUACACUACACUACUGAAGCACACAUUAGUGAAAAGAUACAGCUGAAAAGGUAACAUGACGUUAAGACCAUUGGAAACCAGUUUUAGUAGACUGCAAUCCAUUUAACAAAUUCAAUUUCCCUGCUCAUGAGAGGGCGAUUCAUAGACGGUAGGAAAACAUGCUGGAAUUCAACCUUCCAUGAACGGAGACUGUUGUAGCCGCAGAGAAAAGAUGGAAAAGCUCUGGAGGUACAGGACCACGAGAGGGAUGACGGGAGAAAGAAGGAAGAAGGAAGUGGGUUUGAGGGAUAAAGUCGAGAAAACAGUGGAAACUGCAUGCUGAAAGGUGACUGGAAUCCUGACGAACUGACUGUGACGGACGGACUGACGGACUGACUGACCGACUCACUUGCUGUAUAUCUCUCCCAACACUUCACAGGUCCUAUAUGUGCUGAACACACUGCUUGCUGCUGCUCUCAGUGCUGUAUAUCCCUCUGGUGCCGUCUGGCCACAGCACUUUCCUGCGCGUUGUUUACUUGUUUAUAUCCCCGCCUAUCACCAUCACAUCCCUUUUCUUUAUAUUUUAAGUCAGUUGUUCAUUCUGAAUGUGAAAACAUUCCUGUCUCAUUUUGUGACAUUCCUGUCAGAUCAUAUACUGUAUGAGCCGUUUCAAUGAUAUGAACCAGACUGUAAAAAUAUAUAAUAAAAAAAAGUGAACUAAAGGGAA